AUGGAUGGUUAUUGGACCUCCACACCACGAGGGGGCUUUCACCGUCCAAUUCAAUCGAUCAUCCGACCACCGGCAUUCACCCAAAGGCCGGAAACCUUUGAAGACAUCGAGUACGGCCCGUUUGUCUCCAAGACGGAGACAAAGGUGGCGUAUGACUUGUGGUCGUUGCCCGACAAAGAACUAGGCACCGAGUGGCAGCAACAAGAUGAGCGGCCGUAUACACUGCCGAAACACGCCGAAUGGGAAGCACAUGUACUGGCAGAAAAUGUCUACCGGGCCUAUGCUCAUAACCAGCGCGGGCACUUUGAGCUGGCCAUUGGGGACGCCUAUCGUGCACGGCUUCUUUGCGACGUCCUCGGGGACGGUUUCGAAAACUCUCGGCAGCCGGACUUGUAUGCACAAGCUUGGCAUGCCGUCGAGCAGCAUCUGACCGCGGUGCCCCAAGACGAUAGUCGCAAGGCGAAGAUCAAUCGCUUGCUGAGGUUACGCGGCCUCAAUGAAUUCACCUACAUCCUGUUAAGGGCACUCGAGCAUAUCAUCAUUCUUAGUCUCGCCGCUCUCAACUCCUGGGACGACUUUCAAGCCCACUUUGAAUCCAUCAUCAAGAUGACUCUCAGGGGCGAACGUGAUUUUCAAGUCCUCAGAGCGCGGAGAGAGGUCACCAUGCCUGUAUAUCCAUACGAUGCUGACGACUUUGAUCGCACCGAUGUGGACAUUCUGAAGAAGAUCAAUCUCAGCCUCUUCGACCCCGAUCCCGCUGGUUCAACCCCCUGGGCGAAAGUCUGUGAAGUGAAACCCGGCGAUGGCCGAAGCGAGCUGGGGUUCUUUGCUACGGUUAAUAUCGCAAAGGGAGAUUUAAUCCAUUACGAAGAGCCUGUAAUCCGGGGUCAUCUUCACCGUCUCCGGAUGCAAAAGGACCAGCAUCUCACCACUACAAACGAGGAAUGGUGUGAUAACUGCAAGCGACGCAUCGGUUCAAAUACCUUCGACGCCUACAAGGCAAACAAGGAUGCCAUCAAGGCCGGGGCAGACCCGAAAGCUUUGAUCUUUUGCAACUCUUACCAGCUUGACGCGGCGAAUACCUCAGCGCAACCAUGUCUGAAGAUUGCACGCGAUGUGUACCACUUUGAUAGCUGCUGGGGGGACUGGGCCUGGCUACACGACGCCAUGCAGCCCUGUUUCUAUAAUUGGAUGGAUAGGGAGCACAUUUCACAUACCAACGAACACCACGGGACUUUUCUGAGCCUGCUGCUGCGGAACGUGCUGGAGAUCACCCUCCGCCGCCGCAAGAAAGACCCGGGUCUUCUGGCGCACGAGAUCAGCAAGCUUCUACUUCUCGACGACGAUACACCGGGGAUCUCUUCGAGGGCGCGGGGACAUAAGUGGUUCCCGUUUACCAUGGCGGCCAACAUCCAGAUUGUGCUCCGGAAGUUGCUGGCCAACGUCGUGCCGUGGGAGGAGUCUCGACGGGGAGUGGUGCCGGACAUGCAACCCGCCGACAAAUACAAGAAUAUUGUCCAUCCCGACGAGCAAAACCAACGGAUUCUCGCGAAUCACUCUUUUGAGGAUUUCGACCCCACGUUCAAAAACCUGUAUCUCUUCCCGGGACUCAGCAUGUUCAACCACUCCUGCCUGAAUGUGCGCAACGCGGAAUGGGGCUAUGAUGACGACGUCCCUAACCGCGUGGUUAAAUGGGCAUUGAAGAACAUCGCAGCUGGCGAGGAGACCCGUGUCUCAUACCAGCAUGGAGACUUCAAGUCUGAUAACCGAGGGAUGUGGCUGCUUGGUUCGUCUUGUAACUGUCCUCAAUGCGAUGACAACCUUCCACGUCCAAGCACGCCGCCUGCAGACCAAGACCCUCGGCCGGCUCCCACACAGGGUGCCAAUGCGAGCGCAAAACGCCGAAAGCUCAGCGACACUGAAUGGGCUGAUGUUCAAGGGGACCGGGUUUUGAUUCAUCUUGAGACAGGCUCGAUUCAUCAAGAGAUAGACCCCCAAUAUCCGAUAGAUGGGAGGAGGCGCAUUUUCGGGGAAGAUCAGAUAUUAGAGGAGCAGCCGCUAGGAGUGUCAGGGCCUUUGUUUAGUAGUGACGAAGAGUGA